AUGUCACACCACGCGCGCGUUGAGGAAAUCUCCGACAGCGAGCCGGAGGAGAUGGAUCCCUCCGACUUCGACCCGCAAGCCUUCGCCCGCAGCAUGAUGGGCGCCGCUGGUCCUUCCGGCUUCGAUCCCCAGCUGCAGCCGCAGUCCCCAUUCGCCGCCAGCGCCAACAACCCGAACGCCGCGGCCCAGCGCGCGGCGCAAGCCGAGAUGCAGGAGAAGUCGAAGAACUGGCAGUGCAUCUACCCGGUCUACUUCGACGCGUCGCGCACGAGGGCUGAGGGCCGUCGCGUCAGCAAGGAGCUAGCCGUGCCGAGCCCGCUGGCGCGCGAAAUGGUGGACGCUGUCGCGGCGCUGGGUCUGACCCAGGUCGUGUUCGAGCCGGGCAAGACGCACCCCAAGGACUGGAGUAAUCCGGGCAGGGUGAGGGUUUUGAUAAAGAAGGAGGGGGGUGUGCCGGUUCAUCCUAAAGUUCAGAACAAGCAUCAUCUCUACAAUCUUGUUGCUGCUUACCUCAAGGAGCACCCGACAACUGAAGAUGCGCCAAUGCGCCUUCGUAUUGCGGGAGUGCCCCCGCCCAAGGAGCUCAAGCCGCCGGCCGUCCCUCGCGGAUGGAAGAUCAACCCCAUCGUGCCGCUGCAUUCCCCCGCCCUUAGCGGCGGUGGCGUUAGCGAGAACUUGUUCAAGGACAUGAUGGCUGAGAUGCAAGGCGAGAUGCCAGGCUCAGGCAAUGCCAGUGACAGUGGCGCUGGCGGAAAGAAGAACAAGAAGGACAAGAAGAAGGGUAAGGCUUGA